AUGGCUCCAGCUCUUAUCGAAGAAGUCACCGAACAGACUACUGUAGGCUACAAGUCUGGAGUUGGUCAGUACAAAGAAGCUGCUUUUGGUGGCCCAAAAGUAUUCCGGAAAGAGCUCGAGCUGCGCGGCACAGACAAGCACGCGCCUGCUAAAUACCCACACUACCUCCCGACUUGGGACAACGAGAAGGGACAGAGAUAUCCACCAUGGGAGCCGUUUGAGCACACUGAGCACGGAAAAGAUGCUGAUCCUUCUUUCCCUAACCUCUUAAAGGAUGCUACAGUUGCCGACAUUACCGCAAAUAUCGGCGCUGAAGUCCAUGGCGUCCAGCUGAGCAAGCUGACCGAUGCUGGAAAGGACGAACUCGCACUCUUUGUCGCCCAGAAGAAAGUUGUAGCGUUCCGCGACCAAGACUUUGCAGACAUCCCAAUCAAAGACGCUCUUGCUUUUGGUGGUUACUUCGGUCGGCACCACAUCCAUCCUACAUCCGGGGCUCCUGAAGGCUAUCCUGAGGUUCACCUUGUCCACCGAGGUACAGAUGACACCACUGCGCGAGAUUUCUUUGAAGAGCGAACGAACUCCAUUACUUGGCAUUCUGACGUGACGUAUGAGAAACAGCCACCCGGAACGACUUUCUUGUAUCUUCUUGAUGGACCAGCUGCUGGAGGCGACACUUUGUUCGCGAACCAGGCGGCAGCGUACAACAGACUCUCACCAGAGUUCAGAAAGCGACUACACGGCUUGAAAGUCGUCCACUCAGCUGUCGAGCAAGCCGACAACAGCAAGAACAGAGGUGGCAUUGUCCGUCGCGACCCAGUGACUUCAAUUCAUCCGCUUGUACGAACGCAUCCCGCUACUGGCGAGAAAGCGCUCUUCGUGAAUCCUCAAUUUAGCCGACGCAUCGUAGGCUUCAAGAAAGAGGAGUCGGACUUCCUACUCAACUUCCUAUACGAUCAUAUCGCGAAGGGCCAAGACUUCCAGGCACGCGUUAAAUGGGCGCCGGGUACUGUUGUGGUAUGGGAUAAUCGCGUUACGGCGCACAGUGCGUUGCUCGAUUGGGAUGACGGCGCGCGCAGGCAUUUGGCGAGGAUCACGCCGCAGGCCGAGGCUCCUUAUGAGACGGCAUUGGAAGAGCGCAAGGCUGCUGGCUUUGAGUAUUAGUAGAGUUAGUUUGCGAUAAUGUAUUGAGUCCUUGUUGACCCUUCGAAGCUUCGGUAUAUCCUGUGGUGAUCAUGUGCCAGCUGCUGUGUCCUGGAGGUACACGCGGCGUUCCCAAGCACUGCCAGAACACCAUGGCCAUAUCGUCUUCAGUCAGGCCAUGAUAAACAGGAUAGCAGGAAGCCCGUCAACGACAUUGGGCCUUUACUGAUGAUGUCGUAGUGAAUCGGGAAAAUCGCGAGGUUGGGGAAGGAAAGGAGUAUCGCGCGAGUUCAUUGCGUCAUAGUCUUUGCAGGGAGAAGCCUGCGAACACGGACACUUCAAACACAAUCGUUAGGACCAACACGAAGAAAAAACUGGACAGACCGCAAU